AGGUAGAACCGUAAUUGGGGAUCUGAGCUCAUUGUGACGUGGCCCUUGCUAGAUCUCCAGCUGAGGGGUGGAUUGAUCUUCCUGUCGCGGUCUGGUAGUCUUCUGCGGUCUGGUAGUCUUCUGUGCCUGUGUACUGACUCGCUGUGCCGUGAGGAAGUCUGUAUAGCCUGACGAGGUAGUUGUGGAAGCGGAUCUGAUCUGUGGCAGACUUGUAAGUCUAUUGCUGCAGGAGAUUUCAAGACUAAGAAGAGAAAGACUGCUUCUGAUCCUUACAGCAAGAAGAAGCAGGAGCAAAUUGCAGAAUGGAAAACAUUUCUCAAGAAUGCAAAAGUGGAGAUCAGGCCCCAGUGCAAAAGGAAGAAGCUCGCCCUUUGGGAGAUGGUGAAGGGCAGGAGCCUGAGGGAAAUGUUAGAGGAGAGUGGGCUCCUCCUGCCCAGGAUUUGAGAGAUGAUAUGCCCAAUAGGCUUGUCAAUAACAUUGAUAUGAUAGAUGGAGAUGCAGAUGAUAUGGAACGAUUCAUGGAGGAGAUGAGAGAGCUAAGGAGGAAGAUUAGGGAGCUUCAAUUGAGGUACAGCCUGCGCAUUCUAAUAGGAGAUCCCCCUCACCAUGAUCAUCAUGAUGAGUUUUGCCUUAUGCCUUGAAUGCUGGGUCCAUAACCAUAAUUCCCCUGCUUCACAAACUUGUAUUUUCUUGAUGUACUACUUCUUAUUGUGAAACUUUGUUUUUCUGUCAUUUUGCUUUUCCUGACUAAAGAUUUCUUUCUGAUUUAGUCUGUAAAUUUUUCUGUCAGCAGGGGAAUUUCCUCAACUUGCAUGGAAAACAUUAAGUACAUAUUUCUGGAAUUAAUAAAGCAGUUCUAAGAGCA